UCCCACUCCACGCUGCAGUGGCUGCAUGAGCGAAUGAGAACACAUGAUUAGUGCACAGCUGGAAAGAAAGGCAGACCUGUAACACCUGAACGGACUUUCCCCUUUGCAACACAGUGGCGCACAGAGGACGCAGCAGAGGCGCACGACUUUGGAUUCCUUGGAUAUUUCGAAAUGAUGCCCCGUCUGUCGGGCGGCGGCUGCAGGUCGACGUGCGGGACAACCGGCACCUUUUUGUCGGUAUGUCUGCUCUCCGCCUGUCAAGCCCUCCGGAGCUGCGGGGAGGUCCAGUGCGGCGACGGCCAACAGUGCUGCCCGCCGAUCGUCACCGGGAACGGCAGCGCCAGCUCCGCCGUGCGCUGCUGCAAACUCCCCAUCCGCAUAUUCUUCGAUAACGUCGGCUGGUUUACGCGGAAGCUGUCGGGCAUCCUGAUCCUGUUGCUGCUCUUUGCGAUGGGCUACUUCAUCCAGCGGAUCAUCUGCCCGCGGCCCCGCAGGCAGCCGCACCACGACCGCAGCGAGGAGCCCUCCCUCUUCCACGGACACGCAUCGGCGUCCCAGGACUCCCUGCUGGACCGGUACCCCGAAUACAGCCUCGGGGACUUCGCAUCCCCCAGCCUGCCCGCGUACGACGAGGUGAAAUAUUUACCCACUUAUGAAGAAAGCAUGCAGGAGAUGCACAGAGACCGGUCCGAUGAUAACUUGUUGUCGGAGAGGGAGAGGAGCGGACCCGGUAGAGGACCGAGGGCUGUGGAGCAGAGACGGGAUGUCCUGGAGGUGUCAGGACAACAGCACAGCCCAAGGACAUCCAGGAACUCAGUCUGAAGGAAAAACUGACACUGGCUCUGCUUCUGUAAUUCUAAACAGAAUCAGGACAGAGAUAAACUCAAGUGCAAUUAUAAACCUGAUUGUUCAGAAUAAAGGAGGGGGCUGUGAGAUUACAGAGGCUUCAUCCUUUUGUAUGUAAAUGACCGCCUGGGUUAAGUGAAAGGAGAUUAGAAAAUAAAUCUGCUGAAAUGGACGCUCUUUGUGUUUGGGACAGCUCAUUUGGCUUCGGCAAAAUCGCAUUACGUUUUGCUUCAGCACCUCAAUGUUAAGUGGCACCGUGAAACAAUUUUUCUUCUGUCAAAUUCUACCCCUUUCUAGUUCUUUUAUUUAUCCUAUAUUAAAUUUGCAUUCAAAUGGGGGAAGAAAUAUGUUUAUUUUUUCUCAGUAACCUGAAAUGUGGGCUCACAGGGAGAAAGUAUAGGGAUGAACAUCAAUUUAUAUCCUUCCUGAGACACUUUUUUUUUUUUUUUUUUUUUAUCUGUCAGGUCUGGAGACAGUUAAUUUAGUCACUAUGUCUUAUCAGCAUGAGAGCAAUAUUCCCUUAAACUGACUGAAAUUCUGUACCCUACCCUGGGAGCUGACGGAUGAGAAUUUUAUCAGUGACCUGAGCCAUGUCUGAUAUGCAUAGGAAAAAGCGGAUGCCACAGACAAGAAGUGCAAAAUAUGAAAAGAUGCUGUGAUCCUAGGAGCCCUGCUGCCUCAGGCUACGUGUAUCAGUGUCUCCCAGGUUCUGCAUUCAAGAGAAAGAGUGGCAGAGAUUACAGCUGGCAUACUGAUACGGUGUAUGCUGCCAAGAAACAAAGUUUUAUUUUGAUGAUAGUAUGUUGGACAGGAUCACAGCUGCAGCCCUGAGCGUCACAGUUGGCUGCACAAAUUUAGAAGAAGAAAGAAAAGAUAAGGGGACAUUUAACAGGAACUUUAAGGACAUUAAGACAAGGACAGCGACUCAUUAGUUGUUUCAAAGACUGCAAACUUGGAAUCAUAUUGAACUGUCACUACUGAAUAACUACAGAUCUACUUCUGAUACAGUCGGUGGUAACCUCUUCCCUGCAUUGCCAUUAAUAAAUGAUCUGGAAAGAAGUGGCUUUUUUUGCUGCUACAAACAGAAAAUAAAACUGAUCCAAACACACCUCAUUAUAUCAGGUUUAAUGGCCUGUAUUUAAUCUAGUUUAUUGUGUUGUAAUAUUCAACGUCAUAAAUCAUGGUGUAAAAUAUUAAGAAAAAAUGCAUAUGAUUUCAAUAUACUCAGCAGACUCACUUAUGACAUUUUCUGAAUAGGAAAGUGUUGUUAGUCUGCAGCUUUAUUUGCCAGCCCUUUCUUUAAUGGUUCCUAUUCAACCAGUUAAAUCAAAUGGAUUAUUUUAGAUACACUGAGGAUGGUAACUGGGUUUUAAGGAGAUGAAUGUACACUUGUAAGGACAGUGCAUUCCAAUUUUUGUGCAAAUUCUGUCAGAUGUUUGGCAAAUAAAAUAUGGACAAGAGGCCUAAAUUAACCCAAAUGAAGAUUAUAGAAGCUAAAGCAUGUAUAUCUGCAAAACUGGACUUUACAAUUAGAGACCACCAUCUCCUCUAAUGCUCCUGACACUCAGUGUGAGUGUGAUUGUGGUGGCCUGUGUAAUCCAAUACUGCCAGACCAUGAUAGCCAAGCCAAUAUUGAACA